AUGUUCACAAUACGGAACCCGGCGCUUCAUCAAGCAGUUACGAGUGGUCUAGCCUUGGGUGGUUAUCGGCAAUUCGGUAAUGUAAGCUAUUAUACGCCACAAGAAGCUGCCGCUGAGGCUGUUAGAGCAAAUCAACUGCAGCAACAACAAAACGCUACUAAUCAAGUGAUUUCGACAAACCACAAUGGAGACGGCAGUAGCACAUCUUCGUCAUCGGCCUUUUCAUAUUUCUCGAAUACCAGCUCGAAUGCAAGCAGCGGUAAUGCGCCAGCCUCCUCGUCUUCAUCGGCCGGCAGUGUGGGUGCCAGUACAAUCGGCAACACACACAACACCAUCAGUAUUAGUUGUACCAGCAUAGAUGAGCACGGGGGCAGCACAUCUUUAACUGGUAGUGGUGGCGGCUUGACCGGUGACGCGGCUGUAAUUGCACGACCGUCGCCACAACCAAAAUGCAUAUCUGCCAUUGGUAGUGAAAUAAAGAACGCACAACAGCAAAAGCAGAAAUGCAAAGAGAGCACGCCGCAGUGGCCUUCGUUCGUAGGUCAGGAGAUGCAAAAUCCUGGAAUUCCGGGAGCAGAAAAUU